ACUGCAGCGCAAGCGAAAUCGCCGAAGGAAAGGAGACCCCGAGACGAGCAAGGCGGCGAGGGAGGGCAAAGACCACGUACCAGCGCGCACGCACAAUGUCGGGAGCACAGGGCGCGCACCCGGUCGGCCAGACGACGCCGACGACGUACGAGUCGGUGGGCGGCGGGGAGAACCGCACGCGCACGGACCUGCGGUCGCGGGAGGACCAGGGCGCCAUCCAGAUCGAGAAGGUGCAGGACAAGGUCGACGAUGCCGCGGGGCGUGGGGUAGACCACAGCACCUUCGGCGCCAACAAGGAGGGCCGCGACGACAAGGCCGAUGCCGGGGCAACCGGCACCGGCACAGGCGCGUGAUUUUGUGCCCUUCCGCAGUGUACCUGAUCGUGUGUGUACGAUAGCUUUGUGUCCGCUGCUUGGCUGCUCUGUAUCCGCGCGCGUGGAGUGUGUGAAACCUUUCUGUAAAAAAUGCACAUGUUAGAUUGAAAUAAAACAAGGACCGACUGGUCUGAAUCCCACUUGGUACUCCCCCAAUUGGGAAAAUAA